UGAAAAAUGGGGUACAAGUUGUCAUUACUUGCCAAAGUACUCAAUUUCAUCUCCUUGCACCUCCAAGCACAACAACUAAAUCCAACCCGAACAUCCUUAUAACAAAGGGAGAAAAAAACAAACAAACACUUGACCACAGACAGGAAAGAACGAAAUAAUAUAAAAUAAACAACCGACCGACCAACCGACCGACUGACGACCAUGCCAGUAGACAGCAGUCAGCACUGCCAGCAUGCAACAACUCUAGCAGGCCGACCGAAUCCAUUGGCAAAGAUAGACUCGUCUAGUUUCAAGAAAAAUCUAUCGAUGGCAAAUUUGAAAUGCGAUGGAUGCGAAGUAGGAGUUCCACGCCUUUGGAUCUGUUUAGAGCCAACGUGUCGCACAAUAGUCUGCACAACAUCGCAUGUCUCCCACAUGAAGGAGCACUACACCUCACUUCACAAAGAAUCAGUCAAAGACGCAUGCCAUUGUGUUUUCAUGAAUCCAAGAACAUUGACAAUUUACUGCUACCGGUGCGAAUGUGAGCUGAAUCCAUUCAUUGAUGGCGACUUGAUAUCGGCCAGCGGCAAAGCAUUCUUAAAGAGAAUAGUCCGGUCCAUGCAAUGGAAGAAAAGCAAGCAGGAUGGCGACGGGGCAGUCCAGGACUUGGAUCUCCCGGGGUUGGUUGGCCUCAAGAACCUCGGCAAUACUUGCUACAUGAAUGCAGCCCUCCAAGCACUUUCUCACACUCCUGCAUUGGUGAGCUACUUCAAAACUUGCGAGGCUUUUAUUCCGGAGGCAAGAGGGAUAGAAUACGCACGACAAAAGAAUCAUAUGCUUGUUGAUAGCUUCUAUCACUUUGUGCAUACCAUGUGGAGUGGAAGAAGCGCGGUUUUCUCUCCGAGUCAUUUUGUGUCUGAUGUGAAAAAGUACAACGACAUCUUUGAGGGAACAGCGCAACAGGACUCACAAGAGUUUUUACGAUGCAUCAUGGAUAAACUACAUGAAGAGCUGACAUAUCCAAGAACAUCUCCAGAUCCUAACUCGAAGCUCCUUUAUAAUGAUAAUAAUAUACCCAUCUUGGAUGACAAACCAGAAAGAUCAAAGAACAUUCAAUUAUCCCUGCAACAACAAUCGCUAGUCCAACCGCCAAAGCAACGACGACCAUCGGCAGCAACUAUCGGUAGCAUGAGCAUCAAGGCAACUAGCACUACCAAGCCAAGAUCAAAGAGCUUUGGGAGCCCUUCCAAGGAAAUCAGCAAGGCGGAGAAGGCGGCAGCUGCACGAAACAAAAAGCGUACCACUAGUAGUACCUCGUACGCAUCCUCUCGAUCUUCUGUUUCGUCACGGUCAGCAAUCUCCUCCGGGAAUUCAUCUAUGUCUGAAAACGUAGAGAUCACGCCGGCAAGAGCCACAGCGCCCAGUAUUAUUAGUGAUAUCUUUGAAGGAACCUUGGAGAGUCGUGUGAGAUGUCUAAGUUGCCAUAAGGAGUAUAUUAAGGAGGACAAGUUCUUUGAUUUAUCGAUCCCCAUUGACAAGAAGACAAAGAUUACUGAUGAUAUUGGAGUUGAUAGGGGCGACAAUGGGAGUAGCAAGAAUAGAGAUGGAGGGACUAUGCUUGGCUCGUUUGUGGAAUCCAUAGGAAGCUGGUUGAACAUGGGGAACAAAAAUAUCAAGCUGCAGGAUUGUUUAAAUUCAUUCUGUGCAACUGAAGUGUUGACGGGAGAGGACCGAUACCGAUGCACUCAAUGUGAAGCGUUGAACGACUGUCGGAAGGCAUUCCGGAUCACUGUCCUACCAGAAACACUAUGCAUCCACCUGAAGCGCUUUCGUUAUGACACCUACUCGUCCAAGAUCAAUACCUAUGUCCAGUUUCCACUUGAUGAUUUAGAUAUGGCGCCUUAUUUCAAGUCAUCGGAUCCGAAUGAGCUUCAGCAUACCAAAUAUGAACUCUAUGCCAUGAUCCGACAUCGAGGAGUCGUCGGAGGCGGACAUUACAUUGGCUAUGCCAAGCAUUCCAUCGAUAAUCUAUGGUAUGAGUUUGAUGAUACACAUAUUACCAGAAAAGCAGCGGCAGAUGUUGCCAAGAUGGAGGCAUACAUCUUGUUCUAUCGCAGGAAAGCACCGCACCGUGAGGAAGAUCGAGCUAGGAUAGCCAAGUAUAUGACGAAACCGAAGAUGCAGAUUUAUGACAAGGAUUUGAUGGUCUAUAUCUCACGGCUAUGGUUCUGUCGCUGGUCCCACUUGAUGAACCCUGGCCCGAUCAGUAAUCACGAUUUUUUGUGUCCUCAUGGCGGCAUCAAUGUGGCAACGACGCGCAAUGUGAUGGAUAUGGUGAUGCCGAUUCCAAGGAUAGCAUGGGACGCUUUGGUUGAAAUGUACGGUACCGAUGGAAGUCCAAUUGUGAAUAUAAGUGCUCUUGAAUCUGAAAAAGAGAUGGCAUGUGCCAUCUGUGAAGAAGAAGAGCUAAAGUUGAAUGAGAGACGAAAGCGCGAGGAUGAAGACGUGUCAAAGCUAGAUUCCAAGGCUAUUGAAGAAGGGCAGCUUUGGUAUCUUAUUGGUGCUGAUUGGCUUCGGGAGUGGCACGCAUUCAAGGCAGGAGACAAGCCUCCAGGGCCUAUUCGUAACUCUCAAUUCCUAAAGGAUAAUGGACAGCCAAGAGCUGGCAUGAUACGAGGCCAAGACUAUCGUGGCAUUAAUGCAAAUGUAUGGAACUAUUUGCAUGGAAUAUAUGGAGGAGGACCAGUGUUUGUUCGUGCUACGCUUGAUCUGUAUGCGCCAGAUCCCAAGACGCUGUCGCUCAGUUCACCCCGCAAUAACUUUUAUUCUCAACAACAACAUCAACAGCAUCAUCAUUAUUAUCAGCAGUAUCAACAUCAGCAUCAGCAUCAGCAUCAGCACCAGAAUUCAGCCAAUGGGCAUCGCCACCUUCAUAUGUAUUUGCAUCAACAGCAAAGCCAAUACCAGAGCCAUCAGCAUCAGUCUCUACAACAGCAAUAUAAUUAUCAGAAUAUGUAUCAGAAUGGCAAUGUGAAGAAGCAUCGAAAUUCAGGAUCUACCUCCAUUGUCAUUCCGAAACCCGUCAUCGUCUAAAAGAUCAAACAAAUAAUAGUAGUAUAUAAUAAGAUGCUUUACUUGGUC